GACGCCUUAAUUUGAAGCCUGUGUGGAAACACAAAGACGCAGCGAACAGAAGAUUUCUUCCUCUUGCCCGCACUGUCACAUUCUGCCGUUGAUCUGAGAUGCCUGUAGAGACGCGGUCACUCAGAGACAGAUCUGCGGUGGGUCGGUUUCCGACCGUCACUCUCAGAUUUGGGGAAGACACAGAGGAAGAGCCGGAAGAGCCGGAGGAGAACGGCGCCGAGGGAGACAAUGCAUGCCUGCGUUGGCUGCGUAAGGUCUGCCCGUGCUGCUGCCCCAGGCCGGACGACGACGACAUCACAGACACUCUGGUCACAGGGAUUGAUGACCUGGACAAGGGGGAGGAGACAAAUGGCGAGAAGCCUGCGACUGAUGACAGCGAGCUCGAUGAACUGCUCCUGAAAGUGCGAUCGAUAGACCUGAUGAAAAGCAAAUCAGGGGGGAACCGCACAGAGCACCACACGAAUCUCUACCAAAGUGAUGACUUCAUUAUUCGCAGGGGCCAGACGUUCCACAUGUGGAUCACCCUGUCUCGACCUUUCAACCCCCCCACUGACAAACUGCACCUUGAACUUAAAACAGGCUCACUGCCAACAGUGUCAAAGGGAACCCAUGUCAUCAUCCCUUUGGUGGACGACUUGAAGGAAAGUCGCUGGGAGGCUGCUGUUGUGAAGCAAGAUGACAAAAGGAUAAAGCUGUCAGUCAAUUCUCCGCCCACGGCAGUCAUUGGCCAAUAUCAGCUCUUAGUGGAGACGAAUUGUGCGAACGGCCAGUCCAUAUCAACCCAUGAUCCUGCUAAUGACAUCUACAUGCUGUUCAACCCCUGGUGUGAAGAGGACGCCGUGUUCAUGGAUUCUGAGGCCGAGAGGCAGGAAUACGUCCUGAACGAUAUCGGACGGAUUUACUACGGCACGCAGAAUCAAAUCGGGGUGCGGACGUGGAACUACGGACAGUUUGAUGAUGGGAUACUUGCUGCUUGCCUCUUUCUGCUGGAAAAGAGUGGAACUCCUCCGUCUGGUUGGGGGGAUCCGGUUAAUGUGGUGCGAGUCAUCUCAGCCAUGAUAAACUCUCCAGACGACCGUGGUGUCCUGGAGGGAAACUGGUCCGGAGACUAUUCGAGUGGAACUAGUCCAACAGUUUGGAGCGGGAGUGUGGAAAUCCUGAAGGAAUACCAUCAAAACAGCGGCACCCCCGUGAAGUAUGGCCAGUGCUGGGUCUUUGCUGGCACACUCACUACAGUUGUGCGGUGUUUAGGCAUUCCCAGCCGAACUGUGACCAACUUCAGCUCAGCUCACGACACGGACGUCUCCUUGACGACAGACGUUUACCUGGACGAGAACCUGGAGCCUAUAGACGUCCUCAACGCCGACUCUAUCUGGAACUUCCACGUGUGGACCGGCUGCUGGAUGGCUCGUCCGGACUUGCCUCCAGGCAAUGGAGGCUGGCAGGCUGUCGACGCCACGCCUCAGGAGACCAGCCAGGGCACCUUCCGCUGUGGCCCCGCCUCUGUUGCUGCUGUCCGCAAUGGUCAGGUCUACCUCAAACACGACACUCCGUUUGUGUUCGCUGAGGUUAACAGUGAUAAAAUCUACUGGCAGAGGAAUGUAGAUGGGACCUUCUCUCAAAUCUACAGCGAGAAGAAGACUGUGGGCCACUACAUCAGCACAAAGGCAGUUGGCUCUGAUGAACGAUGUGAUAUCACAGACCUUUACAAACAACCUGAAGGCACGGUGGAGGAACGCAUCGCUGUGGAAACAGCGUGUAGCUACGGCUCCAAAGCAGAGGCCUACUCCUCUCCCACAGCGGAGGACGUCUCUAUAGAGGUGACCAUGGACGGCGAAGGUCCGAAGAUGGGACGGGACGCGGAGCUGACCAUCACGCUGCAGAACAGCAGCUCACAGCAUCGCGAGGUCAUCCUGCACAGCCAGCUGGCAGUCAUGUACUACACCGGUGUCCACAAGGCCACGGUCAGAAAGGACAGGACGGACGUGGACUUGCUGCCCAACGAGGUAAAGACUUUGACGUGGACCCUGGAGUACAAAGACUACAAGGACCAGCUGAUAGACCAGGCCGCCCUGAUGCUGACUCUGUCGGGCAGAGUCAAAGAAACACAGCAGGUCCUGGCCACCCAGUUCAGCUUCCGGCUCAGGACCCCAGACCUCAUCAUUAAGCCAAUCGGGAAGGCCGUGGUAGGAGAGAAGAUGGCAGCAGAGAUUUCAUUUACUAACCCGCUGCCGCAGGUGCUGAAGGCGGUGAUUUUCCACGUGGAAGGACUCGGCCUUCUAACUGCUCGGAAGAUUAAUCACGGAGAUAUUGGCAGCCGUGCCACCGUGUCUCUCAUUGAGCACUUUGUCCCCACCCUGCCCGGGCCGAGGAAAUUACUGGCCUCAUUGGACUGCAAGCAGCUCACACAGGUUCACGGUGUGGCCAACAUCACUGUGGAGGAACAAAGCAACGGCGCUCUAUAGAGAUUCAAAACCAGAGGCACUCUGACUCUGAAUGCUGUAGGCACUGAUACCAUUUCUGCAUGUAAUUUAUAUGGAAGGUUAGAAUUUAAAGAGAGAGACAACUUAUCACAAAACAUCUAAGAAAAAUGUGCUGUUUGUAGGACUGCACCUCCGUAUAGACAAAACGCUUCAUAUCCUAUUAAACCAGCAUCGUGUUACACUUUGUGACAAAGUUCUGCAACGCACAGCCUGUAAGAAGUGAUUUCUAUUCCUGAGUCCUGCAGUAGUUGCAGAUGUUGGACAGUGUGGCAGCUUAAAAGAAAGAAGUGUACUUUUUUCAGAUCAUGUUCUGUAUUUAUAAAUACAAUAUAUUUAUUUAGUUUACUUAUUCAUGCGCUGACAGUAAGAAUUACAUUAUUUAAGCAUCCACAUACUGCUGUAAAUGCUCUUGUGUCAUUAAAAGAGAAAUCGUGUGAAA